UUUUCAGAAAAUACAAAAUCUGUUUGUUGUUUUGUUUCCAAGUGUAAGAUAAUCUAUUAAUAUAAUUAAGUUAAUUGUUUAUAAGGUGAAAUGGGAAAAUUUCGUAACAAUGUGGUACCUAAUGUACAUUUCCACAAGGAUUGGCAAAAGUAUAUAAAGACUUGGUUCAAUCAACCAGCCCGAAAGGCUCGAAGAGCAAGGACCCGAUUAACUAAAUCUAAACCAAAUUCCCUCAAGCCUGUUGUUAGUUGUCCUACCAUGAGGUAUAAUAUCAAAAAGCGACUUGGACGAGGCUUUUCAAUCACUGAAUUAAAGGCUGUCGGUAUGUCCGUUGGUUAUGCUCGAUCUAUUGGUAUCUCGGUUGACCCAAGACGUAAAAACAAAUCAAAUGAAAGUGUUGAAAGUAACAUCCAUCGUCUCAAGGUUUACAAGAAUAGACUUCAAAUUGUUUCAAGACCUGGCAAGAAGAACAAGAAACCCGCUGGUGCCCCAGAAGUAGACAAAUUAACCACCACCAUUAGAGGAAAAAUCAUGCCCCUUAAAGCCAAGAGGAUCACCAUCACUCGGCGAGUUGUCGAUAAAAGAAUGGCCAAAUUCAAGCCUUUCCAAUUGACCCGAAUGGCCAGAAAGAAGGAACGUCUUGUAGGUUACAGAGAAAAGAAGGCUAAAGAAGCCGCUGAAAGUCUAGAUGGUCCUGGAAAGAAGUAAAUUAAGUCAUCCGUAUCUUCUGCUAUCAAAUCAAUUUACAAAUUGUCAAAAAAUUAAACUUGAUAACAAAAUAUCAA